AUGGAGAUGAUCUCACUGACCACAGAAGGUCAGGAGCUGGGAGACGUUCCCACUGACUCCACCCUGACCUCAAAGAUGGAGCAGCAGGAGAAGAAACUGAUGAAGAUCCAGAAGUUACACCAAAGUCUGCAGCAGGAGAUCCAGGAGCACAUGGAGGGGAUGGAGGUCGUUCGCACGGCUUUGAACCAACACGCUUCUGCUCGAGAAAGUCUAGGGCGAGAGUUUAAAGCCAGAGAAAGUGAACGCAAGAGGAUCGAGAUGUUAGAACUCCAACUGCAGGAGUUUGAAGACCUGAAGAAGCAGCAUUCUUGGACUGUUGAGAGAAACCUCAGUCUGGAGAAGAAGGAGCACUUUGAGCAGAUGGAGUUUGUUCAAAAGUGUUUGGACGAACAGGUCGCAGCUUCCCAGACUCUAGAACAAAAGCUAACUGAGAAGGAACGUGAAUGCAAGGAGGUUGAGGUCCUCAAACGCCAACUGCAGCAGUUUGAAGAGGUCAAAGAGCAGUAUUCUUGGUCUCUGAAGAGAAAUGAAAGUCUGGAGGAAGAGUUGGAACAAGCGAAGCAAAGUUUGGCCAGAAACGAGACUGAACGUAAAGAGACGUGUGAGAAACUGACUGAGCUGCAGCAGCGACAGAAGAAAGUGCUCACAAAGAGCUUUGAGGAGCUAAGGUCUGUAAAGCAGAGUUUGGAAGAACAAGUCCCUGCUCGCAAAACCUUAGAACAAGAACUUAGAGAAAAGGAAAGUGAAUGCAAGAAGAUUGAGGUCCUCGAACGCCAACUGCAGGAGUUUGAAGACAUGAAGGAGGAGUAUUCUUGGUUCGCCGACCGACUAAGUCUGGAGACAGAGUUCGAACAGACUAAACAGAACUUGGUAAACACUGAGCUCGACCUGAAGGAAGAACGUAGAAAACGGGAGAUAGAAAGUGAGAAGUGGGAGAUGGAGACCAGAGAGUUGGAGAGAGAGCUUCAGCUUUGCCAGAGUCGUCUUAAACAGAUGGGAACAGACAGAGCGAUCCAAAACAAGCCAUCCACCUGCGAAACACAGACACAGACUGUCACGAUGCAGCAGCUGGACUGGAUAGAAACGGAAAACAUGGAAGAAGAACGUCACAGUUUGGAGAAGUCUCUGCACGACAAAGAGGUGGAGUUUGAGAGUGAGCGGAGAAAGCUCAAAGAGGAACUGGAACAAGCCCACGACAAACUGAAACAGCAGAAGAUUUCACAGAAGACGUUCUUACAGGAGCACCUGGAGGAACUAAGGGUUUUCAAGGAGUUCAUAAAAGAUCAAGUGGCCGUUCGCAAGAGUUUGGAGAAACAAAUAGAGACUUCUAACCAGAGAAAGACGUGCACAUGUGAAAUGCAGACGCAAACUGUGGAGCAGACGCAGAAUACGCUUGAAAGAAGUGAGGAUUUAGACACGAGAGAAACCAGUGACGACCAACCUUUAGACAAAACUCUAGAACAAAAACUAACUGAGAAAGAAAGGGAUCGCAAGAAGAUUGAGGUCCUCGAACUCCAACUGCAGGAGUUUGAAGACAUAAAGGAGGAGUAUGUUUGGGCUGUCAAUCAAAACCAAAGUCUGGAGAUGAAGUUGGAACAGACGAAACAGAACUUGGUAAACACUGAGCAAGACUUGAAGGAAGAACGUAGAAAACGGGAGAUAGAAAGUGAGAAGUGGGAGAUGGAGACCAGAGAGUUGGAAAGAGAGCUUCAGCUUUGCCAGAGUCGUCUUAAACAAAGAAGUGAGGAUUUAGACACCAGAGAAACCAGUGAAGACCAACCUUUAGACACCAGAGAAACCAGUGAAGACCCACCUGCUUCGAAGGAAGAAUGCAGAGGGCUCCAAGGAAAUCUAAAAAAUCUGACACAAUUCUUUGAGGAGAAAGAGGAGCAGGACAUGCAGAAGCAGGGAUCCUGUCUGAAGAGGGACGGGGUGAAGGGGAAGAACGUUGCAGCUCUCAUGAAAAUGUUUGAGCAGUAA